AUGGAACUUCAACUUUCAGAAACUCAACGUGCUAGAUUAUUAGAACUUUACCAAAGUUUACAAUUAGAUUACACUUCUGUUAAUAUACAAAUGACUUCUACACGAAUUAUUGUACAAAGUAGUUCUCAACAAACUUCUUUAACAAUUCCUACUCACUAUCGACGAACACGACCUCAAAACUUUAACAGAUAUAUUGAAGAUGCAUGCAAUGCUGAAGUUGACCUUGACCUUGAAUUAUAUGAUAAAGGAGACAUUCUAUCUCUUGUAAGUGUUGCCAUUGAUACUGCAAAAACAAAUGGACAACGACUCUUUGCGUACUCGAAAUUCUGGUCUUUAUUAUCAAAAGAUCUUGUUGAGCGACAAUUAACUAUGAAACAACUGAGACAAGAA